CAGUCGGCGGGUUGGGUUGAGAAGAGGAAAAACAUCUUCCUCAAGAAAGUUGAAAAUAAAAAUUGAAAACUUGUAGUAAUAAAGUAAAAUUAGUUAUAAUAUUGAAAUUAUAGAGAGGAGUAGAGGUGUUUAUCCUCUCUUUCUCCGAUAAGGUUGAAAAUUGGUGUGACCUGAUAAAUUAUUAAAAUAAUGGCGUCGCUCGUCAAGGUGUGCGGUCGUUUCGGCACUGCAAGGCUCAGCUCUAGUCAACAGCCUUUGGGAGUACAAUUGCACAAAAUUGCGCCCAAGUCCCUCUCCACCCUUCCUUCAUUUAUAGACGAUAAGAAUAAGAAAGAGGACAGCUUGGCUCUGGUGACUGUGAGAAAUGCGUCGUCAACUCCAGGAUCAGAAGUAUCAACAGAGAAACCGAAACCUUACUCGCCCUUUCAAAACACAAACAGCUGGGGAGAGUAUGCUGUUGCUCGUUUAGAUGACCUUAUGAAUUGGGGUCGUAAGAGUUCAAUGUGGCCGUUAACGUUCGGUUUGGCUUGUUGUGCCGUGGAAAUGAUGCACAUUGCCGCGCCCAGAUAUGACAUGGACAGGUUUGGAGUUGUAUUCAGAGCGUCGCCACGCCAGGCUGAUGUUAUCAUUGUUGCUGGUACGCUGACAAAUAAAAUGGCACCAGCCUUGAGAAAAGUUUAUGAUCAGAUGCCUGAACCCCGUUGGGUGAUUUCUAUGGGAAGCUGUGCCAAUGGUGGGGGUUAUUAUCAUUAUUCUUAUUCGGUUGUCCGAGGUUGCGAUCGAAUUAUCCCUGUGGAUAUUUAUGUCCCCGGAUGUCCUCCAACCGCUGAAGCUUUGAUGUACGGGGUUUUACAACUGCAAAAGAAAGUCAAACGAAUGAAAACUUUGCAAAUGUGGUACAGGAAAUAACGUAGUAAAGUUGAAGCAUACGUAGUAAAAUACUUUGUAUUAUAAUAAUAUUCCCUUUCGGUAUCAUCGGUAUCUGCUGAAACGCAUCAUAAAGCAUCCACAAAAUUGCGGUUGUUUCUUUUAACCGCUGCCUGUUAUUCACAUUGUAAAAUAUGUACUAAAUAUAUACUAUAGACUAAUGUUGAAGUGAAAAUAAACCCACUGGUAAAUCAA